UUGGUGUUUACAUUUCUUCGAAGCAGCUCAGUGUGAACGGGAGCAGCGAGGCACUGAGCUGUGCUCCUGGGAAGUACAGUGUCUCUUCUCCUUUCUCCCCUCUGCACUGCCCUGGGAUGCAUUUUGGUGCCUCGCCUGUGUGGUGUGCCCGGCUGCCUCAUCUCUGGCAUCAUCAUGACAACAGAGAAGAGUCUAGCGGCGGACGCUGACAACUCAGAGCAGCAGCAAGCCAAGGAGGAGGAAAGAGCUGCUGAAACACAAAAGCAAGAGGCUUCUGUAGAGGAAGGGUCUCAGCAGCCAUCAGAGGGACAGCCUGCAGCAGGACAGAAGCAGAAGGCUUCCAACGGCGAUACACCCACGCACGAGGAGCAGAGCAAGAAGGAACGUCGCACCUCCGACGGCCGCGGCCUCUCCCGCCUCUUCUCAUCCUUUCUCAGGAGACCUAAGUCUCAGGUGUCCGAAGAGGACAAAGACACUGAUGCUCCUAAAGAGGCAGGAGGUGAACAGAAAGACCCAGGAUUAGGAGCCAGCCCUGAUGAAGACAUCCUGGUGAAAGCCCCAAUUGCAGCUCCUGAGCCUGAGCUCAAAACCGAUCCAUCGCUAGAUCUCCAUUCCUUAAGCAGUGCAGAAACACAGCCUGCACAGGAGGAGAGAAGGGACUACCAGGAGCCGGAGAGCAGAGACCUUGGGGGCAAGGAAAGAGGAGGGGAAGCUAAGGAAGAGUGCACCAAGCCAGAGCUGAAACAAGAGACUCCAGAGACCAAAGCAGAGAAGGAUUUGAAAGCUGCCCAGAAAGCAGUAAAAAGACACAGAAACAUGUACUGCAAAGUGGUCUUGCUGGAUGACACCCUCUUUGAGUGUGCUGUGGAUAAACAUGCCAAGGGACAAGAUCUGCUUAAAAAAGUCUGUGACCACCUCAAUCUCCUGGAAGAAGACUACUUUGGUUUGGCCAUAUGGGACACACCGACCUCCAGGACCUGGCUGGAUCCUGCCAAAGAAAUAAAAAAACAGGUUCAUGGAGGCCCCUGGGAUUUUACCUUCAACGUCAAGUUUUACCCACCGGAUCCUGCGCAGCUGACAGAGGACAUAACCAGGUAUUACUUGUGUCUUCAGCUCAGACAAGACAUCAUCACAGGGCGGCUGCCCUGUUCCUUUGCCACUCUGGCUCUGCUGGGUUCCUACACAGUCCAGUCUGAGCUGGGAGAUUAUGAUCCUGAUCUACACAGCCCAGAUUACAUCAGUGAAUUUAAAUUGGCCCCAAACCAGACAAAAGAGCUCGAAGAGAAGGUUGUGGAGCUUCAUAAAACAUACAGAUCCAUGACUCCAGCCCAAGCAGACAUGGAAUUUCUUGAGAAUGCAAAAAAGCUGUCUAUGUAUGGAGUUGACCUUCACCAAGCCAAGGACUUGGAAGGAGUGGAUAUCACUCUGGGAGUCUGUUCCAGUGGCCUUCUUGUUUACAAAGAUAAACUGAGAAUCAACCGCUUCCCUUGGCCCAAAGUCCUGAAGAUCUCCUACAAACGCAGCAGCUUCUUCAUUAAGAUUCGCCCAGGGGAGCAAGAACAGUAUGAAAGUACAAUUGGGUUCAAGCUCCCGAGUUACCGAGCAGCGAAGAAGCUGUGGAAAGUGUGUGUGGAACAUCACACGUUCUUCAGGCUGACUUCCACCGAGGCCAUCCCCAAGAGCCGGUUCCUGGCGCUGGGCUCCAAGUUCCGCUACAGCGGGCGGACGCAGGCGCAGACGCGGCAGGCGAGCGCCCUGAUCGACCGGCCCGCGCCGCGCUUCGAGCGCACGGCCAGCAAGAGGGCGUCCCGCAGCCUGGAUGGAGCUAAACGUGCGACUCAAAAAGUUGAGUUCAGAGACGUAAAGGAAGAGAAGCAGGAGGAGGUGGUGGUUGAGGUUCCUGAACCAAAACCUGUGGAUCAGAUCCAAGAGAAGCCAGCCCAACACCCUCUUGACACUUUUGAAAUGAAACCCAUUGCAGAGGAGGAAGAGGAGGAGGAGAAGGUAGAGGUGGUUAAGGUUCCCGUUGCCAAGCCAAAGCUACCGGAGCCGUUGCGGCCGCGGUCAGCCAAACGUGCUCUUGGCAAUGUUGAGAUAAGCCCAGUUGAAGAGGAGGAGCAGGAGGAGGAAGAAAAAAUGGUGGUGAUGAGAGAACUAGAGCCGGUCCCAAAGGAGUCAGCAGUGGCUGUGAUAACCCCUGAGAGGAGUCCCCGUCCCACCUCUGCCCCAGCCAUCGCUCAGAGCCACCCUGCAGAGCCAGCCCCAGCCAAGCCUGAUGUGAAAGACACAGUGGCUGCAUCUAAACUAGAAAAGGAAACAGCAAAACCCACUGUGAGACGUGAAGAAAUCCCAGCAGAGAAAGCCAAGCCAGAGCCUGCUGAUGCAUCAAAGGUGAGGAAAACCCACACUGAGGUCACAGUACCCACCACCAGUGGUGACCAGCCCCAGCAGCAGCCUGCAGAAAAAGAGGAAGAGCUGAUAAGAAUGAGGAAGAAAAGAUCAAAGAGGCUAGAUGGUGAAAACAUUUAUAUCAGGCAUAGCAAUUUAAUGUUGGAGGAUCUAGAUAAGACCCAAGAAGAAAUAAAGAAGCAUCAUGCCAACAUCAGUGAGCUGAAGAAGAACUUUAUGGAGUCUGUCCCAGAGCCUCGACCGAGUGAAUGGGACAAACGUUUGUCCACUCACUCCCCGUUCCGGACCCUCAACGUCAACGGGCAGAUCCCCACGGGAGCAGAUGGAAAAAUGAGUGGCUUUCUCUCCAGAGAGGAUGUGGCUGCAGUGGCAGAGAGCAGCAGUGGGCACGCUGCCUUGGCGUGGGAGGGCUCAAAGCAGUCGGUAGCUUUUAGUGAGACCCCAGUGCCACCCACCUCUGAGCCUUCUCCCAGCUGUGACUCUGGUGCUUCCUCCCUAAGCAGCGAGGAGGAGGAGGAGGAGGCAGCAGCACCUCCCAGCCUCCCUGUGAGCGAGGAGGACCUGAGAUGUGGAAAGGGCCUUAGUGUGGAUGCGGACUGGGAGCUCUCUGAGCUGGAGCCCCCCACCAGCCCCACCGUGGCCCCCCAGCAGCCCUGGGCAGCAGAGGAGGAGGUGGCAGAGGAUGGAGAAGACAGCUUGGCCUUUAGGAAGCUAAAUGGCCAGUGGCAUGAGUCGGCUGGUGCUCAGGGGCUGCCCACAGUCAUUCGCUGCUUCCAGCCACCACUAGUGAAGACACAGACUGUCACCAUCUCCGACGUGUCCAGCGCCGUCAAGAGUGAGAUUCCCACCAAGGAAGUGCCCAUUGUCCACACAGAGACAAAGACCAUCACCUAUGAAGCUGCACAGACAGAUGGUGGCAAUGGAGAUUUAGACCCUGGCAUCCUGCUGUCUGCUCAGACCAUCACUUCAGAAACCACCAGCAGCACCACCACCACACAGAUCACAAAGACUGUAAAAGGUGGCAUUUCAGAGACAAGGAUUGAGAAGAGGAUUGUCAUCACAGGAGAUGCAGAUGUAGACCACGACCAGGUUCUGGCUCAGGCCAUCAAGGCAGCGAAGGAGCAGCACCCAGACAUGUCAGUGACCAAAGUGGUUGUGCAUCAGGAGACAGAGAUUGCAGAGGAGUAGUGAGGCUGUGAAGCACUCCUGCCAGGAAAAAGAAACCCAGCAAAACUACCAAGAAGCUACCUGGAGCACAGAGACCUCAGCUUGACAGGACUUGCCACUCAGAGACACUCACCCCAGUUGUCAGGAGAUGCAGCUUUGACGCUUCCCUUGGGACUUUCCAGCCUCUCCUGGAUCCUCUUGGAUCCAGGCUGGGGUGGGGGAGGGCUUGUUUUUUCUCUCUUGCCACAUAAAUAUGCCAUAUUUCUAACUGUGCUGGAUAUUUUUUACAGGCUUCUCACUUUUGCAUUCCCUCUCCCAGCCUCUUCAGACACAGACCCUGACACACACCCCAGGGCUCGAGGGCUUUCAGUCCCACUCCCUCCCUCCUCAUCAGGGAUAACAGGGAGAAGCCACAGCCCUGCACAGAUCCCUGUGGGUCUCAGACUUGAGUUUUGUGCAGCAUUUCUGAUUGCCAUUUGAUUUGAUUUGUUGUUGUUUGUUGUUUGUUGUUAGCUCUGGGGAACUGGAGGCUCCUGAGACCUGAGCAGAGUCUCCUCCCCGUUGGGUUCCAGGCCCCUGAUGUGUGACUGCAGUAGGGUUGUUGUGGUGUAGCCUUUGCACACAUCUUCAUAGCUGACUAGAUUUAAGGAAUACUGGAAGUUGCUUCAAGUAUCUUAUACUGUGAAUUUUAGAGCUUUAAGAGGACUGUGAUAGCACCUCUCACCUCCCCUGUGUGUCUCUGCUGAGUGCUGCCCACCCCCUUUGUGGGGUUGCUUUUAGCUGCCAUUAGAUCCAACAGCCCAUAGAAGUGUGUGUUUCCAAGUGUUUGGGCUCUGAGUGCUAUUAAGGUAGGCUUCUGCAGCAUUCACAGGAACUGAUUUCAGUGUCAUAGUUUCUCACUUGUUUGUGUUGAGGAGUUUUCCAUGAGGGGGUGGUUGUUGUUGGUUUUCUUUCCCCUGACUCGUGGGUUGCUUUUCCCCCUCCCCUCACAGUGCUGUGUACAGCUGAACACCUCCCCCAUCCACCAGGCCACAUAUCCCACUAGCACUGAACUUAAAAGCCUUUAGACAAUCCUUCCUAGGCCUGAAAAGCUGCAUUUGGAGAGGCUGGACAAGAAAUCUAAGGGAGGUGGCAGGUGUUGCUGGUGGUGACAGAGCCAAACCUCGUGGGAAGUGCCACCAAACCCUCCCUCCCCCUCUGGCUGAAGGGGCUGAGCUUUGGCUUUGUGGCCACCUUGUUGGAAUGAGCUACCAGAGGUGGUGGCAGCAGCCUCAGGCAGGGCUCACAGUGAGCUGGGUCAGUCCCAGCAUGGUGGGGGCCACCACAAACCAGCUUUUCUGGGGCUGGAUGUGCUUCCCUGGGGGCUGAGCCUCUGCUGCUGCUCUCUGAGCUCCCUGGAAACAUUCUGAUGGUGCCCCUGGUUCACUCCUUCCAGCAUUUCCAUUGACAAAGGCUUUGUAAAGAGUCUGCCCAGACACUUUGAGGCUGUGAUUUCUUUCCUUUUAUUCCCCUCUCUCUCUCUCUUCAUCUGCCCAGGGUGGUCCAUUGGUAGCUGAGGGCAUGGAGUGCUCUGCUGCUGCUGCUCACCUGAGGGUGGGAAGGAAAUGGCAAUAAAAAGCCCCUCUCUCAGCUCUUUUCAAAUGGAAUCAUGACUUUCAGAAGUCACUGGAUUUAGCUCAGGCUGCAGGGACUUGGUGUUGAGCUGCAGACAGCCCUGGGACUGCUGUAGCCUCUCAGGUUCAGGUGCAAUUGCAGUGAAGCUGUCAGUAUUGAUGGGACAUGAUGCUGAAAAUGCUGGAGCUGCCAGAGCUUUUGCUUUUCCUUGCUGGCCAUGGGGCUUCCCCAGCCCUCAGCCUUCCCCUGCCAGCAGCUGCUUCUGGGACUGCUCUGGGUGCAUCCCCUCCUGUGCUGAUGCUCAGCCUUCCACUGGGCACCAGGCAUCCCACUUUGGGGGGGGAUUUAGGGAGUCCUGGGCUCCACAGCUGUAGCAUAGAGAUAAAGUCUUCCUAUUUAUGUCUGAAUAACCCUUUCCUUCCCUCCUCCUGCAGCACAGGCCCUUGAACAGGUCUGUGUCCCUGCUGUCCUCAACUUAGUUGGGUAAUGCUUGCCUUAAAACACCCCUCAUGAGCAUCCCCCUGGCAUUGGCCCUUUUUCUGGGAAUGCAGCUUUUUUGGCCCUUCCUUCUCUCCCCAGAGCAGCUCCCUGAGGGCUAAAUGGCCACACUGGGAAGUCCUUGAGAGGAUUUCUGAGCUUCACCAAAGCCAGUGGGGAUGAAUUAAGUUUGUCCAUAGCACUUAAAGGCCAUCAGGAGAAGGGGGCACUGUGGUGUGAGGCUGUGGCUGUGCUCUGGGUGUCCAGUCAGGGUGUCCUGAGCUCCACAAGUGAGACAGAAGGCUCUGAGCAGGAGGUUUCUGGGGUGAGAAAGCAGCUGGCACACGAGGUGCUUCCUUUCCCCUGGGCUGUGCUCACCCUGACUCUGGACAUCCCUUUGUUAAGGGCUUGUAGACUAGAAAAACCCCUAUUUAAUAAAGGAAACCCCUGGAUUUUAGGUGGCUGUUUCCAGGUUGUUCAUUCUCACACAUCCCCCCCCCUCCCAAGUUCUUCCUUCUGGAGUAUUUUUAACGAGUGGUGGCCUCUCUGCCCUUUGCUGUGUCCCCACAGGAGGUUUUCCAGCCCUUCUGCCCCUCUGCAGCUGCCACAGCCUGAGAGCCAGGGAAGGAAAGAAAAGGUCUGAGCAGAAGAAGCUUCUUCCCUCCUCAGCUGAGGCUGUGCUGGGGCUGCCCACCCCCCCUUUCCACCUCCAGAGGGUUUUUAAACCCCCAGCUCUCGCUGCAUCAUUCCAAGGGGCAAACCACCUAAGGAAGGUCUAUUUAUAUGAAUGUUCCCAGCUCUUCCCACUCCACCAAUCCACCCAGAGACUGUCUUGAUUGUAUAAUAUACAUUAUAUGGAAGCUAUUUAUAUAUGAAUGAAUGUUUUUAUAAGAAAGGCAAGGCAAAAAGAGCUCAAGUUCUCCUCCAGUGAAGUGCAAGGGCAGCUCUGCUUGCCAAACCAUCCCUGACCCAGCUGGGGUGUGUGUGGUGUGUUGGCAAAGACUCAUCUCUGGGUUUAACAAACUGUGGCUUGCUGAUUUCUUGUUUUCCUCACUAUACAAUGACCUGAGGAGGUGGUAGUGUCCCAGCCUUAGAGAUGCAACUUGUACACAAUGAAGAAACCCAGAGAAGAGACACAGAGAGCCAUGGAGUGAGUGAGAAGAUGAAGGAGCUCUGUAAAGUCUCUUCUUCCUUUCUGAAGGCAAUUGUGAAUUGUCUAGGGUAGCUGUUUACACUCUUCUUGAUAAAAAUAGGAACUUUCCAACCUGGCAGAUGUUUAGAGAUGGACUUUAUAGUGGUGGGAGCUGUUCUUUUGGACUGUCACAGUGGAUCAAAGGGAAAGCUGCCGUAGCCUUUUAGACCCAAGUGUUCAGUAUUUGCUUCUUGUAUGGCAUUUUUCAAUAAAUUUUCAAACAAAA